ACAAAGCUUGCAGUUGUCUUUUGGAUUUCAUGGUGAAAAGCCUUUGGGUAGUUUUCAGAUGACAGAAGAUCCUUGGUUCCUGAAAGGGAGGAGUUCUGCCAAAACUUUGAAGAUCCCUGUAAACUUUGCAAAUUACCCAUCUUUUGGAGACAAUUAUAUCAAACGAUAUCGUGGAUUACAAUACAUGUUUAGAGCCUGGAAGAUUAUUUAUGUUUGGCAUUAACUCUUAUGGUCAUAAUUUCAAGCGGGGAGAAAAGGAAUACACAGGAACCCUCUUAUUAUCUUUUGAAAUAUGAAGAUCAGAGGAAAAGAAGGGUUUAAAGUGUGGAGUGAUGGUCCUCAAAACCUGUCUGUAAAUUAGCUAACAUCUUACAUCUAUAAAAACAACAAGGCUUAGAGCUGAUUUCCAGGCACAGAGUGGACCUCAUGAGUCGUUAGCAACGCUUUGAGAUCUGAGUUUUUAUACACUGCAGGAGGAAACUGCAGCCUGUGGGGCAGAGUACCUAUACAAAUGUUUCCCCCUUGCUUGGACUGAUAGAAGAUUUGGAAGCCAAAUUCGGAACUGACAUCUCACCGGUGAGAAGAAAAAAAAAGAAGCAUGGACAGCAAUAAAGAUGAUGACAGACUGUUCAACAGGAUUGCAUUUCCAGGAGCUGUGUCCUUGGCUAAUGGCCAUGUGCAUCCUCACGGGGUCCCCCUGAGAGAGCCCUUUGGGGUUCCCUUCCAUCUGGACCCGUCUUAUUGGGAGCAAGCCUACGGCGGGCACGCAGGUCGCAUCUCCUACAUCCCCUUCCCUGGCUACGUGGGCGUCUAUGACUAUUCCUUUGAGCCUGCCUUCAUCCGAAAGAGGAAUGAGAGGGAAAGGCAGCGGGUGCGCUGCGUGAACGAGGGCUACACGCGCCUGAGAGAGCACCUGCCCAAGGAAUUUGCUGACAAGCGCCUCAGCAAAGUGGAGACCCUGAGAGCUGCAAUAAGCUACAUCAAACACCUGCAGAGCUUGCUGGACUGCCACCCCUUAGGGGCUAACAGUAAGGAAACGCUCUCUGCCAAGGAGCUCCCGGAAGCUCCCAGUCCCGGUCCCCUGCGGGAGUGCAACAGCGAUGGAGAGUCCAAAACCUCUUCAGCUUCAUCCCCCUACAGUGAAUUCGAGGAGACGGGCAGUUAG